AUGACGGACACGAAGGUGUUGCCCGCUGUGACGCUCCGCACGCGCAAGUUCAUGACCAACCGCCUCCUCGCCCGCAAGCAGUUCGUGCUCGAGGUUCUCCACCCCGGCCGCGCCAACGUGUCUAAGGCGGAGCUCAAGGAGAAGCUGGCUAAGAUGUACGAGGUCAAGGACCCCAACUGCAUCUUCGUCUUCAAGUUCCGCACACAUUUCGGAGGCGGCAAGUCCACCGGAUUCGGCCUCAUCUACGACAACCUCGACUCGGCCAAGAAGUUCGAGCCCAAGUACAGGCUUAUCAGGAAUGGUCUUGCUACCAAGGUGGAGAAGUCACGCAAGCAGAUGAAGGAGAGGAAGAACAGGGCGAAGAAGAUCCGUGGCGUGAAGAAGACAAAGGCUGGGGAAGCGAAGAAGAAAUGA